ACUGGAUCGUGUGGUGGGAGGAGUCUGAGGAGCUGGUGGUCAGGAGGUAAAAGCUGCAGUCUGAGACCAGAAAGUCAUUACCUGAUCAGCUUCAGACUGUGAAGGAACGGCUCUUCUGUGAACUCUGGAAUAGGAAAAGCCACUUUGGACCACAGACUACAAUGCAACUUUUACAGGAAACCGAGGAUGGAACAGACGAAAGAAAGUUCAUCAAAUCUCAGGUGGAGAAGCGUCGCAGGGAGAGGAUGAACCGCAGUCUGGAGCGUCUGCGGACCAUGUUGCUUCAGGAGCCACAACAACUGGGUGGGCCUCAGCGCAGAGUGGAGAAAGCUGAGAUACUGGAGCACACAGUCCUCUUCCUCCAGAAGAUCGCCAAAGGAGACAAAGCAGAAGCUGGAGGCGGUGACGGCGGUGGAGGCCAGAAACACUCGUUCCAAGACGGCAUCUCCACCUGCCUGCAGAGAGCCGCUCACUUCCUGGGGCCUGAGGGGAACGGCCUGUGGCUCGGAGCGGCUCUGGACGCGUCUUUUGCUGCUCGCUUUUCCCGCUCAGACUCUGACUCCGCGGGCGUCCAGGGGGGACCCGACGAAGCUCGGUCCUCCUCCAGCUCCCUGCCACACACUAAAUCCAUUCUUCGGAUGCUGAGGCAGAAAUCCAAGCACAGACUGAAUGCAAGGGCGUCCAGCGUGAGGAGUUCGGCUCAUCCGUAUGAAAUUCCAGCUCAGCGGGAGUUUCAGAGAACUCCCCAACAGGCUCAGAGACAAACUCAGCGAGACAGCAAGCAGAGCCCGUCUCAGAUCCGCCCGGUCAGCCAGAGUCUGUGGAGGCCCUGGCACUGAUCACCAGCAGUCACCUCUGACGUCUGAACUUUUGAUGACUUGAAAUGAUUCAUGUAACAGCUGUAGUGCUCGUGAAAGAACAUUUGCAUUGUAACCCUGCAAACCAGCGACCUCUGGUCCUCUGAUAACUCACCACAGUGUUUGCUGUUCGACCUCAAAGCCUGUAAAUAAUGUAAAUCUCAUCUGUACAUGUGCUGUAUGUGUGACAGGGUUGACUCACUGCUCAGUGGUCAGCCGCCCGUUCUGCCGACAGGCACAGAGACUCUCUCCCCCGACGCGAGCUGGAUCAUGUGGCCGGGGCCGAGCUGUCCGGCUGGGUCUGCUGCUGGGCUGGAGAGCGAGUUUCGAGGUGAGUAUCAUGGAGCUGCAGGGUUUGUGCCCUCCUGCUAAAAAACCCUCCGCCACAUCGGCUGACACGAUUGAGGAGUGUGAUUCUGACGUUGGUAAUGAUUGAGUGUCCAUCCGUCACAUUUCCAGGUGUGGGAGCUCAGGGUUCGAGGCUGGGAUGAGCCCCGUGCAGCCCCUCACACUCACCUGUGCGCCACGAUGUCUGCUGGCAUUAGGACAUCCUGUGUUCUCUUUUUAUUUUAUAAAUCUUGUCUAUUUUGCACACUAAUUUAUUCUGACUGUC